CCCACGGGGAUAGUCAACCAGACAUGUGUGAGUGUGUGUGUGUGUGUGUGUGUGUGUGCGUGCGUGCGUGCGCGUGCGUGUGUGUGUGUGCGCGUGUGUGUGUAGGUGUGUGUGUGAGAGAGAGUGGGUGUGUGUAUGUGUGUGUUAAAGUCUCUGUUGUAAUGAUGAUGUUCACUUUCUCUCUUGUUUUUUUGCAUCUGUGUGUUCAGCGUCCCUAUUGGAUUGUGUCAAAUGAUUCUGCACACACACACACUGAGCAUGUGUGUAAAUAUCUGCACUGGUUUGACUGUGUUUCAGGAAAGGCUCCUGCGUCUCCUUAUGAAUACGGCUCAUUUGCUGAUAAUGGCAGCACAUUGAGCUCUGAGGCUGUUACAGACAGUUUAGCAUCAACAGAUGGCAACUAUGGAUAUCUGGAGCGUUCGUUGGAGAGUGUCGGCCGCAGUCGUCGGGAGUCUUUGAGUUCAGUGGAAGAGGACGAUUAUGACACGCUGGCCGACAUCGACUCGGACAAAAACAUAGUUCGGACGAAAAAGUUCUUGUGCGUCUCUGAUCUCGCUCGCAAAGACAAGCGCAUCCUCAGCAAGAAAUACCAGAUCUACUUCUGGAACAUCUCUACAAUCGCUGUGUUUUACGCUCUUCCAGUCAUUCAGCUUGUCAUCACCUAUCAGACGGUUGUAAACGUCACAGGAAAUCAAGACAUCUGCUAUUAUAAUUUCUUGUGUGCUCAUCCACUCGGAGCGCUCAGUUCCUUCAAUAACAUUCUGAGUAAUGUUGGUUACGUGAUGCUGGGCCUGCUCUUCUUACUCAUCGUUCUUCAGAGGGACGUCCUUCAUCAACGCGCCCUCGAACGCAAAGAUACCGUAGCCCUGGAGUGUGGUAUUCCCAAGCACUUUGGCUUGUAUUAUGCGAUGGGCACCGCACUAAUGAUGGAGGGUCUGCUCAGCGCCUGCUACCACGUCUGCCCAAACUACACCAACUUUCAGUUCGACACGUCAUUCAUGUACAUGAUCGCUGGAUUGUGUAUGUUGAAGCUCUAUCAGAAGAGACACCCGGACAUCAACGCCAGUGCAUACUCAGCAUACGCCUGUCUGGCUGCGGUUAUAUUCUUCUCUGUGCUGGGGGUGGUGUUUGGUAAAGAUAACUCGGCGUUCUGGAUUGUGUUCUCCGUCAUACACAUUCUGGCCACACUGCUGCUGAGCACACAACUGUACUACAUGGGCCGCUGGAGACUGGACUCUGGAAUUUUGCGCAGGAUGUUGCAUGUGAUCUACACAGACUGUAUACGACAGUGCAGUGGACCCAUGUACAUUGAUCGGAUGGUUCUGCUGGUGAUGGGAAACAUUGUGAACUGGUCUCUGGCAGCGUACGGCCUCAUUAAACGACCCAAUGACUUCGCCUCGUACCUGCUGGCCAUCGCCAUCUGUAACCUGCUGCUUUAUUUUGCCUUUUACAUCAUAAUGAAGUUGCGCAGUGGUGAGAGAAUCCAGUGUCUGGCUCUGGUGUGUGUUCUCUUUACCGCUGUGGUUUGGGGCUUCGCUCUGUUCUUCUUCUUUCAGGGUCUCAGUACAUGGCAGAAAACUCCAGCCGAGUCUCGUGAACACAAUCGCGAAUGUAUCCUGCUGUCGUUCUUUGAUGAUCAUGACAUAUGGCACUUUCUGUCAUCAAUCGCCAUGUUUGGAUCCUUCCUGGUUCUGCUCACUAUGGAUGAUGACCUCGAUACGGUUCAAAGAGACAAAAUCUACGCGUUCUAAUGAUCAGCUUUCUACUGGCCAAUACACAGACGAGGUGUCCACCAAUGAAAUGCCUCGCUGCGUGAAUAUCUUAAACUAACAGGCAAAGAUGGUGGGAGGAGCCUCACACAGGAACUAAUGCUGAUAAGACAUUGAAUGUGCCAAUCAAACUGCCAGUGCUCCUCCUCACAUCGCCACGGUGACGGUUGAUGUACCGUGUUACUCUGCAGGCCUGUAUUUUUGUAACGGUUCGUUGUUUUCUCUUCGCGUUCGUGUCUGUCUGUGGCCUUAUGUGUCGUGGUUUUGGACCGUGUGGUUCUGACUGUAAAUCCGAGCCGAGCUGCUUCCAUCACUGAUCUAAUGAUGAUUCUCAUGAGAAAAGCUGCACUUAUUACAAAUCAUGUUUUUACAUAGAAUGGUUAAUAAAUAAAGACUUUUUACAGUUG